CGAUCACCAUCAAAACGUAGGAAUCGACCACCUUCUACUUCUCGAAAAUCUCGUCUUCCUGAAGUUGGGAUUCAAUCAUCUUCCAUGACACCUGUUAAUCCCCUGGAACCGGUUUCGAAUGCGUCCACUGAUGUUAGUACAAAACAGCAUCGAUCAUCAGUUGGUGUCUUCUAA